AUGGACUCUUCAUCUAUCUCGCGCGUUGCCUCCGAUUCCACACAAACUCAUGGAUCUUCACGCCGCACACCAGCAUCAUCUGUCUUGUGGGCUCAUUUGCUGAGAAAAGACACGUUGGCUGCUGCGCCAAGUUCAGACAUCCCUCUUCCACCCAUUGCGCCAACCGACAGAACAGGCACAUCACUGCGAAUUCUCCUUCAUGAUACCCAAGCGCAUUUUGAAAAGUUUUCUGAACGAGUAGAAAAGCUUACGAAGGGUGUGGACGAGGCGAAGCAGGAGCUGGGGCUCACGAAGACGCUCUUUCAACGAGAGCACGAAGAGCUAACGAAUGAGAUGUAUAAUCUGGUCAACCGAUGCCAGACCGAGAUUCAGAAAACGGCUGGGCGUCCUGCACAGGCUGAAAGAAUGGAAGAGUUUUGUAAGGGUGUACAGCUAAGGCUGGAUGGUCUAGAUAAGCGCAUAGACGCUAUGCAGCUGCUCUAUCAAAGCAGCUCGCAGACGAUACAGAGCCAAUCCCAGGCCCUCCAGACGAUUCAGGACCAACAAGGCACUAUUCUCUCUGCUCUGAUGCCUCUUCUUCCCCUUCUCCAGGCAGUUCCCCUGCACAUCGAGACAGCCCGUAACUCCAUCAAGGAAACGAUAAUACAAUCGCGGCCGUCAGAAUGGCCGUCAGAGAAGACCUCAGUAACUCGUUCGAGCUCGUCGGUCAGACAGGUCCCUUGCGAACAACCAUCACCAUUGUCCGGAAGGAAGCGACGUCGUAUAGACGAGAACACAUCCUGCAUUCCCGAGGAUCAAGAACACCAAAUCUUUGUAGCUGCAACACAUAGGUCCUCGACGACGCACAGCUCUUCACUCUCGAAACGGAAGUCGACGUUACUAGUACCUGCGCAACAACAAUCUUCUUCAGCUAUGGGCUCUUCGUCGACUGCUUUGUCUUCGCUGAUAGGUAUGGGUACGCGAACUCCCUAUGUGAAUGCGACUUUGGAUCCAAAGACACCUCGUCGUCCCCUGGCUGAGAUCGCGCAAUACACUGAUCAAAGGGUUUUGAGGUCACCUCUCAAAAACCAGGUUUCUUCUGCGUAUACUCGUGACCGUACGUCCUCCCUCCGAGGGCGGCGGCCUUCUGUAUUUGCUCCUGCACCCCGACCUUCUCGUCUGCCUCAGCUUCCUAUUUCGCCGCGUUCAUCGACCUUCUCGUCUCUCAGAAUCGCUCCUCCUCCCAGUGCACAAUCUGCGGUGCAGAACAACACUCUUAGUUUACCUGCGAGUACAAACCCGAAUCAUCGACCUACAUCGUCACUACAGCAGGCCGCUCGGACGACCGCACAUACUAAUAUAUUCCCUGCGCCUCCACCUACUUUACGACAAAGAAGAUCUCCUUUUCGAGAAGGUCGGCGGUUUAUACCUCUCGACGAUUCUGAUGAUUCUGAUGUUGAUGCGGUCAAUGGAUAA